UGCAGUUCGCAUCUCUCUGGGAGUCACUAACUGGAUAUGUCUGACCGGGGGAAAGGACUGGCUGAAGAGGAGGUGAAGAGAUAUAUCUAUCGCAACCUAGCCAUGUUCCAUCGCGUCCAAGUGAACCAAAUGAUCCACUUGCAAUGUCUCACCGAAACAGACCGGCAAAAGAUCAAAGCCAACUGCGCCAACGAAGGAAACAACGAGACCACGUUCCUUUUCUUCCAACACUUGUGCUGCAGGGAAGGCUGGGUGAUGUACUUCAUAAAAGCUCUCCGCGAACAGCAGAUGGGCGACUUGGCUGACAAGCUGGAACGCAUCUAUCGCAGCAGACUCCUUCCCCCCAGGACCCCUCCAGCGGCUUCAGCACCCCCAGCUGCCAGUCGGCCUUCGGCUCCGCCUCUCCAGCCUGACGUGAGUGAGCUGAGUCGCCCUGAAAACUUUGUUGAGGAAGCCCUUCCGUGGUCUCCCUCGCGAUCGGCCGCUUCAUCUGCCAAUCUGCCCCCCCAGGAUAUGGGGGAUUACCGGACUCCCGUUCAAGAAAACAGCCAUCCGGUAGCUUCUCGGGGAUCACCCGAAAACCAGACGCAGCUCUUCAGAGAUCCUCCAGCAAACGGUGCCCAGUCGCCCCUUAAGCCUCUGCUUCCAGUCCCCGACCCCGAACGUCUUCUGCCUUCGGAUUUGGACGGAUCCUCUUCCGUCGAAAGAAAAUUGCCCAAGCCUCGUAGGGAUGUUUCAGCCGCUGGAGGCGAUGCUCCCUCGCGUGACUUUAAGCUUCCCGUGGAAGAGAAAAUGGAAGAAACCACCGGAACGGGUGACUUGGCAGGCGGGUCGCAGUGGGGGAUGGAGCCUCGGUCUUCAGCUGUUGGGGACCGCAAGAGAGACGGCCGCAUCUUUCACAGCAACUGUAGUGAGAACGAUCUGCCUUCCAAACCGGGGAUUCUGUCUUCAGAUCUUGCCGCAGAGCCCAGCAAGCUCAGCUCAGGUGAUGCUGGAGAGACCCCCAGUAUGUAUUCCGGGUCAUCGGAAAGAUUACGUAUGAGCACGAGCGACAGCGACCCCAUUUUGAUGAGUGAAAACAGCUCAGCCGGCCAUUCCAUCCCGAGCAUCACACGGGCGAGCGUUGCUGUUGGCGCUACUCUUCCACCCGAGGUUGGCACUGAUGAAGAAGACACGUCCUUCAGGAGUCACCACCUGCUCAUGGAGAAGAAUCCAAGUAUGGAUCUCAUGGAGGUUCCUAAGGACGGGGCCUUUUUGCGACGUUCCCCGAGGGCUUUCCCAGAUUCAACAUCUGACGGUCAACCAUUGAACGAAGCCAAGGACCCCCAGGCGGGCCCUCCUCUCCCAAAGAAGAAAGUUGAGCCUGAUGAAGCGGCCGCUUCAAGUGACUUUCGGAUGGUUGUGGUGGCAUUGGCUCUGGCGGUUCUGGCAAGUGCUGCUUUUGUGCUGUAUAAGAAGAAAUAAGCACCGGAGUGACCGAUCGGUUGCUGACCGAACUGAAAUUCACACCCAGCCACCGUCUCUUCCUACCGUUGCUUGAUCCUCUACGGAAAGGAAGCACAAGGGAACUUGCUUUCUUUAGAUCGCUUUCCGCCACCGAUGCGUGAUACUCCCGCAAGCGUUGAACUCUUAUCCUCACAACAUGCCUUGCUGAUUUUCUCUGGUCUGCCUUUGGGUCACUAAUGACGUCUUUGGAUGCAGGUUUAUUUUAGAUCGGUCAGUUCAGUGGCCUAUUCCCCCCCCUCCAAAUAGCCAAGCAGAUCAGAUCUAGGACUUUUCUCAGAAAUUACAGGAAAACAAAAAUCUGGACAUCAAAGCAAAAUCCUGACCGAUCGCUUCCACAUAGUUGGCGAGGGAAUUGCAGGAUCUCGGCGGAGUUUCUUUUUCUAGAAAAAGGUCAUAUCGCAAAGAAUACACCGGCUGACGUGGAGGAGUGACCGGCUUCCUGAUUUCAGUGGGUAGGUCUCUUUGAGGUGGCUUAGAAAAGAAAAAUUUAGCAAGCAACAUCUUCACUAUGUCCUGAAUACGACGUUCUUUGGGUACGCAAUAUGUUGUUGCUGUAUCCUUAGAAACGAGCAUCCGGUUCUUCAGCUCGGUUUUUUUCUGGAAUUAACAUCCGCUUAGGGGAUUUAGGGGAAAGCAGUGGACUUCACUGAACUGUUUGGGAAUCCUUGUUCUUCCUUUUCUGUUUCUUGGAAAGGAGAAGCAUUAGAAGUUUGUUCUACGAUUAUUACAGGAACACCCUGUAACUCGGAUGGCUGCUUGCUGGAAUUAUAUCCAUUGAUGCCAGUGGAAACGGGAAAUUCUUCAUUCUGUUUUUUGCGGAUGUUAUUUUUUUCUUCUGCAGAAGAGGUUAAGGUGUCAUCUUUGGAAAGUUGUUUGUUCCCGGCCAUUAAAUGACACCUAGUCCUCGAUUUAAGGACUGUAAUGAAAGAUGAUAGAUUGAGAUUAGUUUGCUUGCAGCGUUCCUGUGGUCGAACGGUCAUAAGCAGGGGUGGGCUUCAAAUAAUUUAACAAUCGGUUCUUUAACUGGUUGCUGAGCGGGCAUGGCCUAGUCCACCUCCUGCACCACCCUGGGAGCAAAAAUGAGCCACGGGGGAAAGGCCAUUUUCGCUCUCCCCGGGCUCUGGAGGCCAGAAACGGGCUCGUUUCCGGCCUUCCGGAACUUUCGGGAGGCCUGUUUUUCGCCCUCCCCGGGUUCCAAAGGUUUUCCUCGCGCUUCCAGGAGGGCGUAAAUGGCCUCCCCAGGCUCUGGAGGCUCUCUGGGCCCUUCUGGAACUUCCAAGAAGCCUGUUUUUCACCCUCCCCGAGCCUCUGCAUGGGCCCUGCAUUUACUUGCGAUCCAAAACAGACCAAGGCAGGGGAGGAGCAGGGUGUGGUGGGUGGGUGGGGCCAGCCAGGGGUGGGGUUUGCUGAACUGGCCAUAAAAUUAACAACCGGUUCACCUGAACCGGUGUGAACCGGUAGCAGCCCACCCCCCUGGUCAUAAGGCGAGGACUACCUGGUACCCAAGGUGACCAGAUUCCACCCUGCUGAGAAUUUGGGAAGACAUGAAGGCUUCGUUGCUUGCCUUUGCUUAAUGAGCAAGUUUUCCUAAAAACGAGAAGCAGGAAAUUCUGGGGACUGAAAGGCACAGAUUGCUAAGUGUAAGAAACACGGAUUCAGUGUGUUAUGUGUACCCAUAUAUGCACUGUCUCCCCAGGAGCUCAUCCGGGUGUGUCCAUUCACACGACUUGUGUAUAUGUGUUGAUUCAAACUGAUCAUGGUUCCUUUUUUUUUUUUUAAAGUAGCGUUUUCUUUCUACUUCUGACAGACAGUCAGCCCAAGUUCUACUUUUCUUACAUUUAUUUCUUUCCAACGUUCUGUAGCGUUGGGAAAAUUAAAGCACCGAAACUUCCGAAUCGAAUAGCUUUCUUUCCGGUCAUUAACCAGAAGAAAGAACGAAGGGGAAGCGGGGGGGGGGGGGGGGGAUAGUUUUAAACUAUCCAGGACAUUCAAAAAUAAAUGAGGAGUGAUGCAUAGAAAAUAUGCU